AUGUGUGGAAAAAUCUAUAAAAGGUCUUUAGCAUUAAUUAAACACAAAAAAACAAUUCAAGAAAUUAAUACAAUUAAACCAAUAAUGUAUAUUUUACCUGAAAGAGCUAUAGAAGAAACACGUCAAGCCUUAGUUUAUCAUAUUAAAGAAAAACUAAAACAAAAUUCAAGACACGUAGGAAAUGUUAAUAUUAUAUUUAGUUGCACUAAGAGUCAAUUUUUUGGUGUUUUUAAGAGAUUUAUACAUAAUUAUUAUCCUAAAACCGAAAUCUACAAAUGUAUAUUUAAAGGUGCUGAUGCAUAUUCUACUUUGGUAUAUAUAUUAAAAGACAAAAAUUGGGGAAUAAAAUAUUUUCCACAAUAUCAAAAAACAUUGGUUUUAUUUCAUCAACCUUCAAAUCCAAAUGAUUUAGAUCCCCUUCAAGAAUUAAAUGAAUCUGAUCCUCUUUUAGAACUUGAUCCUCUUCAAGAUAAAAUAUUAAUAAAUACAAAAAAAAGAAUGCACAAGUCAAGACCUAUUCAAAUUAUUAUUGG